CUAUUCAUAUAAUACGAUGAAGUUCGUUAAUACGAUUGUUGUUUUUGUAAUAUGAUGUUGCAGAUUCGGGAAGAAAGGGCCAUAAAAUAUUUAUAGUGAUCUUGGCCUCGUCACUGGGAGCGAUUCUCCUAUGCAUGAGCUUCGGGCUGUGGAUUUACAUGAGAAAAAAAUACUAUGUGAAGGUGAAGACGAGAGUUGCAGGAAGGAAUGAUGAAGGUGAUGGUAAAGAUCUGGAGCUUCCGUUGUUCGACUUAUCGACUAUAUCAAAAGCUACUCAUAAUUUUUCACUAGACAACAAGCUCGGAGAGGGUGGUUUUGGACCUGUCUACAAGGGCACGCUGGGAGGUGGACAAGAAAUUGCAGUAAAAAGAUUAUCGAAAGCAUCAUUACAAGGAAUACAAGAGUUCAAGAAUGAAGUUAUCUUUAUCGCUAAACUUCAGCACCGAAAUCUUGUGAAGAUUUUAGGAUGCUGCAUUGAAGGAGAGGAAACCAUGUUAGUUUACGAGUACAUGCCCAAUAAAAGCCUCGACUUUAUCUUAUUCGAUCAUUUAAAGAGUAAGCUACUCGAUUGGCCCAAGCGGUUUCAGAUCAUAUGUGGUAUUGCAAGGGGGCUCGUUUAUCUGCAUCAAGAUUCUCGACUUAGAAUUAUACAUCGAGACCUCAAAGCUGGCAAUAUAUUGCUUGAUAUGGAAAUGAACCCAAAAAUAUCAGACUUUGGUUUGGCUCGAAGCUUCGGAGUGAAUGAGAUUGUAGCUAACACAAGCAGAGUUGUCGGGACAUACGGCUAUAUGUCACCCGAAUACGCAUUCCAUGGUUUGUUCUCGGUAAAAUCGGAUGUGUAUAGCUUUGGUGUGAUAGUGCUCGAAAUUCUAAGUGGGAAAAGAAUCAAAGGAUAUUCCUCCAUGGAUCAUCAAAACCUUCUCGGACAUGCAUGGGUAUUGUACAAAGAAGGGAAGUCACUGGAACUAGUUGAUGAUAACAUAGUCGAGUCGAGUUACGUGUUUGAGAUGCUGAGAAUAUUCCACGUGGGACUUUUGUGUGUGCAAUAUAAUCCAGAAGAUAGGCCGAAUAUGUCUUCGGUUGUGUUCAUGCUGGAGAAUGAAACUGAGUUGGCUCAGCCUAAACAACCAGGUUUUUUCGUUCAUAGAGAUGUUUUGCCUUCCGAUACUUCUUCGAGUAGCGCAUACGCAAGUUCGGCAAAUGAGAUCACCAAUACAAUGCCACAAGGUAGGUAAAUGAAGCCUGAAAGUCUAUACAUGUUUGUAUGUAUGUAUGUAAUUUUGAUGAAAUAAUUAAAUUAGAUGAAAAUCAUGUAAAGAUCACAAGCGAUCGGUAUGUAUAUGAUGGAUCGUCAUUUUGUUUUUGUUUUUAAAAUUGGUAGCUGUAAAUUAAGUGCAAAAGACAAAUUUGUUUUAACAGA